AUGUCACUUGUGGAAACGGUGUACCAGGGUGAAAUGGAUAAGGUGAGAGGUGAACUAUGCAUUAUGAAAAAUGAGAAAGCUGUCUUGGAAAGUAAGUUAGUUGGUUAUGAUGAUAUUGUUGAAGAGGUUUCGCCGCUAAAGGCUACAGUGGCAUCUCUUGAGUUGGAGAAGAUUGGACUCAUGGACAAGAUAGCUAUGUCAAAUCAUACCAUUUGCGUUAAUUUUGGCAGGAAAGAUGGCAGCGAGAUGAUGAACGCCGAGUACAAUAUGGGUAUGCACGAGACUGACCUUCCAUUGUAUGAUCCCACCCGUGUGCAAAAGAUGGAGGAGUUAAAUACAUUAGUGGGUCGUGCUGGUGGUAGCACUACAUCUACAAGUGGUCAUGGUGGGAGUGGCGAGCCUCGUAUAGUGUGGUGUGCGGGGUGA